CACACUCUCUGAGUAAAAGUGUCACCUCAGAGUUCUCGAGCAGUCGGAGGUCAGCAAUCCAUCUCCACCUAAGGGGAGGGAACAGUCCCUGCACGGAAGGCAACUCGAGUAUAAGAGAGUCUCCAGAUAGCCCAUGUUUGCAAUUGUGACGCCAGGAGCCGUGGAGUCCAGAACCACUCUGCUGAGACAGCGUGCCCGAAGGAGGAAGUGAGCAGACCAGACCGGCAACGUGGAGACAUGUCUCAGUUCCAGAAGUUGAUGGACAGCACCAUCCCCAACGCGAGGGAGGUCCUGCGGGACAACUACAAGAACUUGCUCAAAGUGGCGGAUUACUGUGAGAGCAACUACGAGGGGGCACAAGACAAGCGGAAAGCUUUGGAGGAAACCAUGGCCUUCACAACUCAAUCUUUAGCCAGCCUGGCCCAGCAAAUCAGCACCCUGGCCCAGGACAUCCUCGGCAUUCUAGACAUGCAGGCCGCUGAGGUGCGGCAGGUGGAGGGCGACAUCUGCUCCGUUGCACAGGUGGUGGAAAUGCACAAGGAGAAAGUAGCCCGCCAACAGAUCGGGAUGCUUACGGUUUGCAAGAGAUUUCCACACUACCAGAAAAUCAUCUAUCCGAACCAGCUUCAGCCCUUGGAACCGUAUUAUAGGAAACCACUGAAUUUUAGCAGUUUGGAUGACGUCGGACACGGGAUCAAGGAUCAAAGCACACAGCUGGCCAGAACAGGGACUUUAUCCAGGAGAGGACCCAAAACAUCUGCAGGGCAGUCUCCUGGGAGCCUCAGGAGAAGCCACCGGUCCCUGGAGCCAAUACAGACCCCAGUCAUCCCAGAUGCCAAACUACUAUCAGCUUCAUCAGAGUCACCCCUGAGCAAUUCUCUCGGAGUGAUAGGCAGCACCACCAUGAAGGCACCGACUGAACCUCCUCCCCCACCGCCUUCUUUUCUGUCCUCAUUUCCUCCUCCAAUGGAAGACGACGCCUUUCCUCCUGAAGCAGAUAUAUUGCCGCCACCACCUCUUUCGAUGGAUGAUUUGCCUCCACUGAAUCUGUCUGCACUUGAUCUGGAUUUCCCAGCAUCCCCUCCUCCACCACCUCUGGACAUUACUGAUUUCCAACCACUGGGACCUCCGGUCCUGCCUCCUCCACCUCCUCCGGAAAUGUUUCCCUGGGCCCUGGAUUCCCAUCAGGAAUAAGUGGUGACCCUCUAUCCUUACAGGUGGCAGGAAGAGAACCAGCUGCCAUUUGAAGAAGGGACAUUCUUAAUGUGACCCGAGAGUACUCUGCUGGCUGGUGCGAGGGGGUCAGCAGUGAUGCCAAGGACUCGUUCCCAGGAAGCUAGUCAAGCCUCUGCACUGACGGAGAUGGGAGAAAAGCUGGCGCUUCUGUUGCCAAGCCGUGUGGAUAAUGGUUCGCCAACAGGCUCAUUUAAUUCAGAUGACUUGCCGUGACACUGGAGUGAGCAGGCUGGAGUUAUCCUGGCUGGGUGGAGACUGCUCUCCUAAGCCAGGUUUGCCCAUAAUACAGCAGGGUAGCAGGUUAAGGAUAGCUCAGCCAUCUCUUUGGCCCCUUCCGCACAUGCAGAAUAAUCCACUUUCAAUGCACUUUGCAGCUGUGCGGAAUAGCAAAACCCACUUGCAAACAGUUGUGAAAGUGGAUUGAAAGUGCUUUAUUCUGCAUGUGCGGAAGGGGUCUUUGUCUAUAGUUAAUAGAAAGACAUGUGGCUUAGUAAUUACUUGCCCCCCCCCCACCCCCGGCUGCCCUGUCUUUAAGCAGCUAUUGAAGCAUAGGCCACAAUCCCAUUCUGCCUAGCCUCUUGUAACAAUUAAACAUCCCUAAAGUGCACUUGUGUGGUCUUUUCCCCUGAGCUUCCAGCAGGUAGUGUUACUGCAUUAUUUGGGUCUACUUAAAGCACAUGUGUCAAACUCGUGGCCCUCCAGAUGUUAUAGACUACAGUUCCCAUCACCCCCUGCCAGCAUCGGCAGGGGAUGAUGGGAACUGUAGUCCAUAACAUCUGGAGGGCCACGAGUUUGACACCUAUGACUGAAAGGAAUGACAAACACAAGAGGAGCAAGGCUUUGUCAGGAAGACACAAGAUUGGAGAGUGGGUCUAAAGUUGAACAUUGCUUUAAGUAAUUCCGGAAGGAGCUCAUUCUUUUAGAAAUGCACAAAUGUGCUCACAAUGGGCACCCAGUCUCUGUGAGAGCGGCAGCGGACAUUUAAACAAGCUGCUGCAAAACUUCAAAGAAUAGAACAAAAAACAGGGAGCUUUGGUUUACUAUUUAUAAAAAACACCGCCAGUCCUGCCGCCAUAGACGGUUACCAUCUACAGUGAAGGACUGUAUCUGUAGACUGUGCUUUAUUACACCGUUGAAAAAAGA